CAAAAUCUAUCCUUGCCCGAGGAGUCAACAUUGCUGGCGUGAGGGGCUGUCCAAGAAGGUAUUUGAGACAGGAUACCCUCGAGGGCAUAUGUGGUUGUCCUACUAGUAUAGGAACGACUCAAGACACAAGAGGGAAAGGCAUUUCGCAAGCAUUCCUCGACCUGCUGAAAUUUCUAUAAACCCGAUAUAUCCAACGUCCGUAUAGCCAAGGUUCAAACAUUAAGAUGCCGGCUUCUGCCCACUCCCAAGAUGAACCUAUGCCGGACGUUGCGCCACAAUCUCAAGAGCAAGAGCAAGUGGAGGACGAGGAUGAUAUGAUCGAACUUGAUGGACUGCGAAUUAGCAUUUUACCUGGGGCCGAAGAGACAGCCGCAUCAUUUCAGUUCGAUAAAGAAGACCAUACACUUGGUAACGCACUGAGAUAUGUGAUCAUGAAAAAUCCCGAAGUCGAAUUCUGCGGAUACACAAUGCCACAUCCGUCAGAAGCUAAAAUGAACUUGCGCAUUCAGACAUUUGACACUACAAACGUCUUUUCUGUCCUAGAAAAAGGACUCGAUGACCUCAUGAAUCUGUGCGACACGGUAACGGAGACUUUCAUUGAGGCAAAGAACGCUUUCGAAGAGAUUCAGAGCCAAUGAUU